GGGGGGCACACGCGGAUGGCGGAGUGACGGCGAGGCGCGGGUGGCGGCCGUAGCGCUCCGGUCCGGGCAGCGAGCCGGCAGCCUCGCAGAGAUGCCUCUCCACGCCACGAGAGCCGCGGCUCUCCUCGCUUGGGUGAACAGCAGCAAGGUGUGCGCGGAUCCCCUCGGGGACCUCUCGCAGCUCCAGGACUGCCGCGUUUUCAUCCAGAUCAUCAACAAAACCCACAAGACCGAGGAGGGGCAGUCUGUCCUGGAGCAGCCCCUGCCGGAGCGAGCAGCCUUCGUCCGCAGCUUUCUGCAGAAGCUCUGCAAGCACAAAUCGACCGCAGAGAACCUGGUGUCAGCGCAGAAGCUCCUGGAGGGAGAAGAGCUGGAGUUGGCCAAGGUGGCCGUGCUGCUGCUGUACCACAGCUCCAUGAGCAGCAAGAACCCUGGGGACUGGAACGAGUUCGACUACCAGACCCAGGUGGAGCUGGCAAACAUCCUCAAGUUUGUGCUGGACAACGAGGAGAGCCUGACUGAGAACCUGGAGGCGUUUCUGCAGAGGAGAGCAGCGCAGCCCUCGCCUGGCGCGGCCAGCAGCAGCUCGGAGCAGCGCUCGCCGGGGCUCCCCCAGCCGCAGGCGCGCGAGGUGCGCUUCCUGGAGCUGCAGAAGGUCGCCUCCUCCUCUGGCAUCAACAACAUCCUGCCCGGCCCGCCGGCCUCGCCCGUGGGGGACGUCAUGCAGACCCCCCAGUUCCAGCUGAGGCGGCUGAAGAAGCAGCUGGCUGUGGAGAGGGACAACCGGGACGAGCUGGAGCUGGAGCUGGCGGAGAACCGCAAGCUCAUCACGGAAAAGGAGGCGCAGAUCACCAUGAUGCAGCACCGGAUCGACCGCUUGACUCUGCUCAACGAGAGGCAGGCUGCCGACCAGCUGGAGCCCAGGGAGAUGGAGGAGCUGAGGGAGAAGAACGAGAGCCUGCUGGUGCGCCUGCACGAGGCCAUGAAGCAGUGCCAGGACCUGAAGACCGAGAAGGGCCAGAUGGAUCGGAAGAUCAACCAGCUCUCCGAGGAGAACGGGGACCUUUCCUUCAAGCUGCGGGAGAUCGCCAGCCACCUGGUGCAGCUGCAGGACGCCCUGAACGAGCUCUCCGAGGAGCACAACGCCGCCCUGACGCAGUCCCAGGAGAAGCAGGCGCAGCUGGAGGGCGAGCUGCGGGCUGCCCUGCAGGAGAAGAAAUGCCUGGAGGAGAAGAUCGAGAUUCUCCAGGGGAAGAUUUCCCUGCUGGAGGACCAGCUGGCCAAGCUGGGGGACCGCAGCACGCAGGAGAAGGGCGAGGUCAUGGGCGACAUCCUGAAGCUGGAAGAGCUAAAGCAGGAGGUGUCCAGCCUCACCGCCCAAGUGAUCGAGCUCCAGGCCUCCAUCCUGCGCCUGGAGGAGGAGAAGAGCCAGCGGGAGGCAGCCCUGCAGGCCGAGCGCGGCCGCUUCGAGGAGGAGAAGCUCCAGCUCGGCGGGCUCAUCGCCGGCCUCCAGAGCUCCCUUGCCGAGCUGCGCCUGGCCAAGGAGCAGCUGGAGCAGGACCUGCGGGCGCAGGAGGCGCGCCUGACGGCCCAGGCGGACGCGCUGACGGCCGAGGUGGAGAAGCUGAACGGCUUCCUGCUGCAGAGGGAGCAGGAGGCGGCCAGGCUGCAGCAGCAGGUGGAGCAGGAGCGGGCGCAGGCGGAGGACCUGCAGCGCCGGGAGCGAGCCUCGCAGGAGGCCGUCGCCGGGCUGAGCCGCCGCGUGGAGCAGCUGAGCGGCAGCCUGAAGCACAGCGAGGAGAAGCUGGCGCGGGUCACGCAGGAGAUGGAAGGGGAGGCCCGGCAGCUGGCCGCCCUCGGCGCCGAGCGCGAGAAAGCCGCCCAGGAGAGGGACGCGGCCCUGCAGGAGCUGCAGCGCUUCCAGCAGGCCAAGGAGGCGCAGCUGGCAGCCCUGAGCGGCCAGCUGCAGAGCCUGGAGGAAGCCCGGGAGGCCUGCCAAGCCUCGUCCCUGGCAAUGCAGCAGGAGAAGGCCGAGCUGAGCCAGAAGGUCCGCGAGCUGGAGGCCCGCGUCCUGGAGCUCACCGCCCAGUGCCAGCAGAGCACGGCCCAGGUGGGGACGGCUGAGGCGCUGAAAGCCCAGCUGCGAGAGCUGGAGGGCAAGCUGAAGGAGAGCCAGCAGAAGCUGGCCGACAGGGAGAAGGUGGCCAAGGAGAACGCGCGCCUGCAGGAGCGGCUGCUCUUCCUGGAGGAGUCGGUGCGGAACACCGAGGGCAUCCUGGAGGACGAGAAGAGGAGGGCGGCCGAGAGCCUGGAGGGGAACCUGGCCAGGAUAGCCGAGCUGGAGUCGGAGAGGCAGCAGCUGGCGCAGCGCCGUGACCAGGCGCUGCAGGAGAGGGGCGAGGAGCUGGCGAGGAGGCAGGCGCUGGAGGCGCAGCUGCAGCAGCUGGGCGAGGAGUGCAGGGAGAAGACGGCGGCGCUGCAGCGGCAGCUGGCAGAGGCGUCCUCGGCUGCCAAAGGGGAGGAAGGAGAGCGCGGGAGGCUGGAGGAGAGGGUGAGGGCGCUGAGCAGGGAGCACGGCCAGGCCUGCCAGCAGCUGCAGGCCAAGCAGGAGAAGGUGGAAGAGCUGGAGGCCCAAGCGAAGCGCCUGGCCAGCGAGCACCAGGAGCGGCUGGCCGCGCUCCAGGCCGACUUGUCCAGCGCCCGGGCGCAGGCGAAGGAGAAGGAGGGCGAGGAGCAGAAGCUGAGGGCCGACGUCUCCGCCCUGCAGGAGAAGGUGGCGGCCUCCGAGCGAGCGGCGGCCGAGCGCGUGGCUCAGCUGGAGGCGGAGGUGCGGCGGGCGACCGAGGCGCUCGAGGGGGUCUCCAAGGAGCUGUCCGAGGAGCAGCUCAAGCGCAAGGAGCUCGAAGCCGCGGCCAGGCGCCACGGGGAGCAGGAGCGCGAGGCGGAGCGGCUGGCCGGCGAGGUGGCGCGGCUGAGCGCGGCGCUGGAGGAGGCGCUGCAGAAGCACGGGCAGGACCUGGCGCGCCGGGACGAGGAGGCGAAGCGCCUGCAGGAGGAGCUGGAGCAAGCCAAGGCGGACUGCGCCGCCGAGAAAGCCCGCAAGGCAGAGCUGGAGGUGCAGCUGCAGAACUCCAUCAACGAGCAGAGGGUGGAGCGGUCGGCGCACCAGGAGGAGCUGGCCCGCUCGCUGGAGCUCAUCGAGGAGAAGGAGGGCGAGCUGGACGAGCUGCGGCUGAAGAACGUCUCGCGGGGCGAGGAGCUGAGAGACCUGCAGAAGACGGUCAGCAAGCUGAAGGGGGAGCUCGCCUCGGUGGAGGCGGUGAAGGAGCGGGCUUCCAAGAUGGACAGCGAGCUGCAGGGCUUCCUGGGGGCCGCCAGGGCCCGCGACGCCGAGAUGGACAGCAUCAAGGCUGUCUACUCAAAGGAGGCCUCCCUCAAAAGCUUGGAGGAGAAGAUCCGCCACAGGGAGCAGGAAUCCAGCUCAAGUCAAGACCUGUACCAGGAGAAGCUGAAAGAGGCCCAGACGCUGAGUUUGGAGGUGGAGAAGCUGGAGCAGAGGUGCCGGGAGCAGCAGGACGCUAUCGCCGCGCUGGAGAAGGCGGCGGCCGAGGCCCGGGCUGCUGCGUCCCAGCACCAGCAAGCGGAGCUGGAGGCCUCGAGGAGGGAGGCGGCUCAGCACAAGGAGAAGGCCUCGGAGCUGCAGAAGCUGCUGGAGGCCGCGCGAUCGGCCCAGGCUCUGCAGGACGGCGCCGUGGAGGCGCUGAGGAAGGAGCUGCAGGAGAAGGGCAAGGAGCUGUCCCAGAGCAGGAACGCCAUUGCCGCAGCGGAGAAGGAGCUGGCGUCCCUCCGCGCCUCGGCUCAGGAGAAGGGCAGGUCGGAGGAGGGCUGGAAGGAGCAGAUCUCCCAGUGCAUCCAGGAGAUGGAGAGGAAGAACAGCCUGAUCGGCAGCCUGGAGCACGAGGUGUCCAUCCUGCACCGGCAGGUCACCGAGAAGGAGGGCGAGAGCAAGGAGCUGAAGCGCCUGAUCGUCGCCGAGUCGGAGAAGAGCAAGAAGCUGGAGGAGCGGCUGCGGGUGCUGCAGGCGGAGAUGGCCACCGCCGCCUCGCGGGCGGCCGAGAGGUGCUCGCUGAUGAAGGUGGAGGUGCAGCGCUGCCAGGAGGAGAUGGAGAAGCAGCGGCUGACCAUCGAGGCCCUGAAGAGGGACCGCCACUGCCAAAGCGAACGCGAGGAAGAGCUCCGGCAGGAGGUGAAGGUGUGCCAGGACAAGUACUUCCAGAAGGAGCAGCUCCUCUCCUCCCUGCAGCAGGAGCUCAGCAGCGCCCAGGCGCUGGCCGGCGAGCUGGUGCCGCUCAAGCACCUCUGCCAGCAGCUGCAGGCUGAGCGCGCCUCCCUGGAGAGCAAGCACCGCGACGACCUGGAGCAGAGGGCCAAAGCCGCCGGCGUGCUGCAGGCAGAGCUCGCCCGGAGCAAGCUGGAGGCGGCCGAGGUGCCGGCCCUGCGGGAGAGGGCGGCGGAGCAGGAGCGGGCGCUGCAGCGGCUGCAGAAGGAGGCGGCGAGCUACGCCGAGCGGCUGGCGGGGCUGCAGCAGGCCAACGCCAGGCUGGCCGAGGAGAACCGGGGGCUGAGCGAGAGCUCGAGCCGCGGGCAGCAGCGGCUGGACGCGGAGCUGGGCCAGGCGAGGGAGAAGCACGCGCGGGAGCUGGAGCGGCUGCGGCUGGAGUCAGAGAAGCUCGUGGCGGGCAGCCGGCAGGAGGUCGAGGAGGUGGCGAAGAAGCUGGAGGCCAUGAGCAACAAGUACGAGAACGCCAAGGUGAAGGUGCUGGAGGAGAGGCAGAAGUUCCAGGAGGAGAGGCAGAAGCUGAUGUCUCAGGUGGAGCAGCUAGAGGUAUUUCAGAAAGAGCAAGCUAAGCAGGUGGAGGAGCUGAAUAAAAAGCUGACCCAGCACGAAAAGGCCACCCGCACCCAGCAGCAGCGGGUUAAGGUGCUGGAAGGGGAGCUGCAGACCGAGGCCACCCGCCAGCAGGAGAAGGUGGCCGAGCUGCAGGAGCAGCUGGCCCAGAAGGAGCAGGCAGCCGAGCACUACAAAGCCCAGAUGGAGAAGGCGAAAACCCACUACGACGCAAAGAAGCAGCAGAACCAGGACCUGGCGGAGAAGCUGAAGGCGAUGGAGCAGCUGCAGAAGGAGAACGCGGAGCUCAGGACGGAGUCGGAGCGGCUGGCCAAGGAGCUGCAGCAGAGCGUCCUGCAGGCCAAGGAGUCGGAGCUGAACUGCAGGAACCUCACCAGCCAGGUCCGCAGCCUGGAGGCUCAGGUGGAGUUUGCCGAUCGGCAGCUGCGGGAGCUCGGCAAGUUCCAGGUGACGACGGACGCGCUGAAGAGCCGGGAGGGCUUCCGCGAAAAGCCCGCCGACCUCAGCACCGACAGCCUCGACCUCAGCCUCGACGAGCUGCAGCCGCUCAACUCCACCAGGAAGGCUGCCCGCUCGCAGUCGGAGGCCUCGGCCGUGCCGGACAGCGCGGAGUCGCGGGCGUCCCAGCGGCUGCCCCGCAAGGUGGAGUCCCUGGAGAGCCUCUACUUCACGCCCAUCCCCAGCCGCACGCAGUCCAAGCUGGAGAGCAGCGCCAGCUCCCUGGGCGACCUCUCCCUCGACUCGGGCUGCAGGACCCGCUCGGCGCGGCGCCGCACCACGCAGAUCAUCAACAUCACCAUGACGAAAAAAGAGCCCAAGACGGAGGAACCGCUCAGCGCAGACACGUCCUUCUGCAGCGUCCGCUCGGAGCAGCCCCAAAAAGCCGCCCCGGGCAAGGGCCGCCUGCGCUCGGCCGCCUCUACCCGCUCCCUCGCCAGCUUCCCCUCGCAGGAAUCCCUCGCCAAGCCCGAGACCUCCUCCCCGCAGGAGACCCCCGGCCACUCGGCGCUGCUCAGCCUCCCCGGCUACCGGCCGGCCACGCGCAGCUCCCUGCGGCGCUCGCAGGCGGGCAGCAGCUCCAGCCUGGGCCGGAGCAGCAUCUACCUGGGGACGUGCCAGGACGAGCCGGAGCAGCUGGACGACUGGAACCGCAUCGCCGAGCUGCAGCAGCGCAACCGCGCCUGCCCGCCCCACCUGAAGACCUGCUACCCCCUGGAGAGCCGGCCCUCCAACUCGCUGGGCACCAUCACGGAUGAGGAGAUGAAGACGGGCGACCCCAAGGAGACGCUGCGGCGCGCCAGCAUGCAGCCCGCGCAGAUCGCCCAGAGCACGGCCGCCCGCCGCAGCACCCUGAGCGCGGGCUGGGCCGGGGGCAUCACCACCCGGCAGCAGCGCAAGAGGCUCUCGGAUGAGUCCCACCAGGGCCCCGACACCCCCGAGUCUAAGAAGCCCGUCAGCUGCUUCCCGCGCCCCCAGACCCCCCGGGACCGCAGCGAGCGGCGCAGCUCGCAGGUCAGCCGGCGGAGCGAGCAGCAGGCACCCAGCAAGCAGGCCGAGAGGCGCCAGUCGAUGGCAUUCAGCAUCCUCAACACCCCCAAGAAGCUGGGGAGCAGCCUCCUGCGCCGGGCCGCCAGCCGCAAAGCCACCCCCAAGAGCUCGCCCCACGGCUCCACGCGCCGCUCGCCCCGCAUCGCCUCCGCCAAGUCCCCCAAGGGCAAGGCCACUCGCAGGUCCCUCAAGGACGCCAAGUUCUGAGGUUUCCUAGCCCAGCCCUGCCCUCCCCAGGGACCUGGAGCAAUGCCGGGGCACUUGGGGCCCCCGUCCCCCCCCGACAUUGCUCUGCGUGUCCCAGUGACCCCCCCCGAGCUGUGUGGGGUGGGUUUGCUCCCCCAGGGCACCUCCGUGCCCC